GUGUCGUUGCCGCGGUGGAUGGUGUUAGUAGCUGCUCAUUGGUGUUCGCCGCGGCGGCAAGCGGCGUUCACACGUUUCCCGUCAUCCACUUCGGUACCCGGCUCGCAGUCGAGCGUCGUUCGUUGUACGGUGCGGUUGUGACGUUCGCGAUUCGUCUCGACGCUUUAUACGUUCGAUACAUAGUAUAUACAUAUAUAUGUGUGACGCUGUGCACGCGUUUUCUUUUUUUCUUUAGACUAUACGUAUAUACGUAUCUAUAUAUACAUGAAGUGUUUGUGAUAUAGUGCCAGAGAGAGGAUCGGUGAGUGUUCGGUUCGUUUUUUUUCGCACAGUGCCAAGGUGGAUUAAAAAGACGUAUCUCCCGAGAAAACGCAAGGCAACGAACCACUACGAAUAGAGCCGGCGAAGAUCUCGAUGCUGAACACUGAGGGAAGACUGUUGGCGUCCCUCCAAGAUCCUGAGAAUGUUGCCGCAAAGAUCGACCAGCGGAAUGGAUCAUGAAGUGACCGCGUACAAAGGACAUUGCGGACGCGUCUGAUUCUUGCCGAGUAUUUAGCCACAAUUAAGAUGUACCCCGCGCCGGCGAGACACCCAGCCGCUCCCGGUGGCGGAGGAAGCGGCGGGGCUGCGGGAGGGCUGAAAUUCACGGUGGCUGACACUUGCGAGAGGAUCAAAGAGGAAUUCAAUUUCAUCCAGCAACAGAACCACUCACUGAAGAUCGAAUGCGAGAAGCUGGCCAGCGAGAAGACCGAGAUGCAGAGGCAUUACGUUAUGUACUACGAAAUGUCUUACGGGCUGAACGUGGAGAUGCACAAGCAGACCGAGAUCGCAAAGAGGUUGAACGCGAUAAUCGUCCAGCUACUCCCGUUCCUGGCACAAGAGCAUCAGCAGCAGGUGGCCAAUGCCGUAGAGAGAGCGAAGCAAGUCACGAUGUCCGAGCUGAACGCUAUUAUUGGGCAACAGCAACAACAGGGUUUACAACAGCUACUGGUGAACAUUGAUUCCAAGAUGUCCAUUCUGAUGCGUUCCUAUUUCUGCCGCACGGUGCGGUCGUCGGCGGUCUUCCGCCAACAUCCCGCGGCCGCGGCUGCGGUUCAGGCACAGGCGCAAGCGCUUCUGAAGCCGUCGGACCUGCAGCAACAUCGGGCGGCCGCGGAGACGCCCGAGGACCGUAAACCGAUCGCCCUCACCGACGACAGGCUCAGACGAUCCGUCUCGCCGCCGGAGAAAUUCCGCAGCCGCACCCCCGACCUCGAGACCGAUCCCAAGAGGCGGAAGGAGGAGAAGCUCGGACACGACAGCGACGGAGAGAAGAGCGAUCAGGACUUGGUGGUGGAUGUCGCGAACGAGGAGGCGUCAUCGCCACACGCGAACGGCGAACACUCAGAUCCACGUGAGAACGGUACCCUAGAGAAGCUGGGCGCUCCAGGACACGUGGGACCGAUUUCCGGUGCCGGCUCGACAUCCGUAAAAGACAGGCCACCCUCGCGGAGCGGAAGUUCCUCCGCCCGUAGCACACCGUCUCUGAAAAGUAAAGAUAUCGACAAGCCGGGUACACCUGUGGCGGCGGCGAGGGGGUCGCGCAGCUGUACGCCAACUAUGGGCGGAAUCCCUGGUCCCUUGGCAUCGCGAGUCUAUCAUCCGCCAUCGUCGCAGCAAACGCCACCGCAGGGCUAUCAGGGUUUGCCGUCCCGCGGCAAUGAGCCGCCACAAUCGCCUUCGCCGUACAGCAACUUACCAUACGCCAGGACUUCGAUGCUCGGUUUCGACGGUCACGUGAGGAUACCAUCGAGUAACGGGCUGAGCAACAUUCCGGGUGGUAAACCAGCGUACUCGUUCCAUAUGAACGGCGAGGGUCAACUGCAGCCGGUGCCAUUCCCCACGGACGCUCUGAUAGGGCCGGGAAUUCCACGUCACGCGCGUCAGAUUAAUACCUUGACUCACGGUGAGGUUGUGUGCGCCGUAACCAUCUCAAAUCCGACCAAGUACGUCUACACAGGCGGCAAAGGGUGCGUUAAAGUCUGGGACAUCGGCCACGGAGGUAGCAGCAGUAUCAAGCACGUAUCGCAGCUGGAUUGCCUGCAACGCGACAAUUAUAUUAGAUCAGUGAAGCUCCUUCCGGACUGUAGAACACUGAUAGUCGGCGGUGAAGCGAGUCAGCUGAUCAUCUGGGACCUGGCCAGCCCAACGCCGCGGAUCAAAGCAGAACUGACGUCGUCGGCGCCUGCCUGUUACGCUCUCGCGAUCUCGCCGGACUCGAAGGUCUGCUUCAGCUGUUGCAGCGACGGUAACAUCGCCGUGUGGGAUCUUCAGAACGAGACGUUGGUUCGACAGUUCCAAGGCCACACGGACGGUGCCUCCUGCAUCGAUAUCUCCGCGGACGGUUCGAAAUUGUGGACCGGGGGUCUGGACAACACGGUGCGCUCGUGGGACCUUAGGGAGGGCAGACAGUUGAAGCAGCACGACUUCACCUCGCAGAUAUUCUCGCUGGGCUACUGCCCUACCGGCGAAUGGCUCGCCGUCGGCAUGGAGAACUCGAACGUCGAGGUACUUCACGCGUCCAAGUCCGAUAAGUAUCAGCUCCACCUACACGAGUCCUGUGUAUUAUCGCUGCGCUUCGCGUCCUGCGGCAAAUGGUUCGUCUCCACCGGCAAGGACAAUCUGUUGAACGCGUGGCGCACGCCGUACGGCGCUUCGAUAUUCCAGUCGAAGGAGUCCUCGUCGGUGCUGAGCUGCGACAUCUCCGCCGACGACAAGUACAUCGUGACCGGAUCCGGUGACAAAAAGGCCACUGUAUACGAAGUGAUUUACUAGACGCGCCCGUUAAAAAAGACGUUUCACGUUUUCCUCCCUUGGUCGAAACCCGAACUCUUUAACACGCUCUCCCGUUUCGCGGGGAGAUCCUACAAGUGAGACUUUUUAGCAGCCUUAGGAACCUAGACUGUUACUAUACUGUGUAUAUAUAACAUAACGAGUCUGUAUUAACUGGUAGAAAUUACGUUUGAAAGGAGAACCGAAGAUGAAGAAAAACUGGGAAAAUAAAGGCAACAAACCGCGAGCAAGAGGAAAAGGAAGCUUAAAAAUACAAAACGAAGAAAAGAAAAAAAAAGUAAUUAUUGAUUAUGAUGAUGAUGAUGACGACGGUCGAAAAUCCAAUGUGUGUGCCAGAGAUAAAGCUGUAUAUGUAUAUUUAGAAGUUACGUGUGCGUGGCCCGACUGUACCUACGACCGUGUGAUUCAGACGUAUAUAGAGGGGAACACUUUCUUUGUCGCGUGUAUACAACGAGAACGUGUUAAUGGGACGUUACCAAGCGAUUUUGCAUGCGCGUUAAGUGACCGGGAGAGAGCCUUGCAGAUGGUGAUGCUAGAUACGGUUUCGUAUAAGUACCUAAUUAUAGAAUCAACACGCUCGAGACAUACGACAAGAUAGCACGGGGAAGAACGAACGAACGGCUUCGAGAGCCUGUCUACGAAAAUUAUACUCGCUCUCGCCUAACUGGUCAUUUUCUUCGAGAAACUUUUACAAUUUUUGCAAUCACUGUCCCUUAGCGUGUCCAGAACAACGACCACGA